AACACCUUGUCACCACAGCCUCUCUGACUCCACCUGUAGACAGACAAGACAACAGCUCAGCUCAGAGUCACUGCUGCAGACACAGAAGAAGACAUGGUGUCAAUCAGAGCUCCGGUGAUCGCUAUCACACUCCUUACUGUUUGUCUGCUGGCAACACACACAUCUGCAGAAUGCUGUCGAAAAUACAUGAAAAGCAAAAUACCAUUUCCUGUAAUCAGGGGGUACUCAGUCCAGGAUCACAGAGAGAUGUGUCCUAUUAAUGCAAUCAUUUUCCACACAAAGAGGGGUAGAAAAGCAUGCACUGAUCCUGCUUUGAACUGGGUGAUGGACUACGUCAACCGUCUGGGGAAAGAGGCACAAAUAGUUCAUAUGAGGACCGCAAAAGCACCGUGAUUGACUUCAAAGCUGAAGAAGUUAUUCUGCUUUUUAGAAGACAACAGAGCCCAGCCACAGCUUACAAACUUCUCUAUCUCAGCUUUGCCUGUUACCCAGUACCCAGUGAUGCUUCAUAGUUUAAUGAUUCAGUGAAUUCCUCUUUAAUGAACUGUUGUUAUAUAAUACAGGUAUCAGCUCAGUUAUAAGAGCAUUGUAUAAUAGUAUCCUUAUAUUUUUGUACUUUAUUUUUGUAUGAAGGAUGUUGUGUUUGCACAUGUAAGAUACAAGAAUUAAAGCUUUGUUUUAAAAAAUAAUAA